UGUAAAUUGAUCCCCCGCUCUUUCCGAAAGCGUCACUGUUUGGCCGCCAUCUUUGGACGAAGCUUGGGCUGUGGAACGACAUCCCGAAGUAUCCACUGUCAUCUAGUUCUUUGUGCAGGAAAAAAAACCACACCACAAAUCUCCAAAAUGGCCGAAGAAGGUGAGAACGAACUGUUGGACUAUGAAGAGGAGGAGCAGGAGACUACGACCGAGGCGGCCGGAGACACCGCGGCGCAGAAGAAAGAAGUGAAGGGUUCUUACGUCUCCAUCCACAGCUCGGGUUUCCGGGACUUCCUGCUGAAACCCGAGCUCCUCCGAGCCAUCGUUGACUGCGGUUUCGAGCAUCCUUCAGAGGUUCAGCACGAGUGCAUUCCCCAGGCAAUCCUGUCCAUGGAUGUCCUCUGCCAGGCCAAGUCUGGUAUGGGCAAGACUGCUGUGUUCGUCCUCGCCACACUACAGCAGAUCGAACCAGUUGAUGGCCAGGUCGCUGUUUUGGUGAUGUGCCACACCAGGGAACUGGCCUUCCAGAUUAGCAAGGAGUACGAACGCUUCAGCAAGUACAUGCCCACCAUCAAGAAUGCCGUGUUCUUUGGAGGCAUGCCAAUCCAGAAGGACCGCAACACGCUGAAAACCAACUGUCCUCACAUCGUGGUGGGCACGCCUGGGCGGAUCCUGGCUCUGGCACGGGACAAGUCGCUGAACCUGAAGCACGUCAAGCACUUCAUUCUGGACGAGUGCGACAAGAUGUUGGAACAGCUAGACAUGCGUCGAGAUGUCCAGGAGAUCUUCCGCAUGACGCCUCACGAGAAGCAGGUCAUGAUGUUCAGCGCUACGCUCAGCAAGGAGAUCCGCCCCGUCUGCAAGAAGUUCAUGCAAGAUGUAAUUAUCCCCCCCGCCUCUUCCUGUCCGUCGCACCCACUCCAGCAGCACUACGUCAAGCUCAAGGACAACGAGAAGAACCGCAAGCUGUUCGACCUGCUCGACGUCCUCGAGUUCAACCAGGUGGUGAUAUUUGUGAAGUCUGUGCAGCGUUGCAUCGCCCUGGCCCAGCUGCUGGUGGAACAGAACUUCCCUGCCAUCGCCAUCCACAGGGCCAUGGGGCAGGAGGAGAGGCUGAAACGGUACAACCAGUUCAAGAACUUUGAGCGGCGUAUCCUGGUGGCAACUAACUUGUUCGGGCGAGGCAUGGACAUCGAGCGCGUCAACAUCGUCUUCAACUACGACAUGCCCGAAGAUUCCGACACGUACCUGCACAGAGUUGCGCGUGCGGGCCGUUUUGGUACGAAGGGUCUGGCCAUCACGUUUGUUAGCGACGAGAACGACGCCAAGGUGCUGAAUGAGGUCCAGGACCGGUUCGAGGUGAACGUGUCAGAGCUUCCUGAUGAGAUCGACAUCAGCUCAUACAUUGAGGCGAAUCGUUGAGCUGAAGUAUCAUCCUACAACCACAGAGGUGCAUAGUUUGUACGCUGCUGCAAUUCAUGAAAAGAUCAGCAGAUGGCACUCAUCAUCAGCACAAUUGCAUGCUCAUGUAGUGUAGAUACAAUCUUUGACCAAGAAAUACUGUAAAAUUUCCACUCUGGCUUUUUUGUCAAGCUCAUGUCGUAAACACGGUAGGUUAAGUUUCUUUGUAUUCUCAAAACUUGAGGAAAAGUAUCACAAGUUUGAGUUUGUCAGUUCUUGUGAUGUAAGGAAGUAUUGUAGUCUUGUAAGUUUUGCCUUUUUUCUUUAUUGAGAUGUAUUUUUAGCGACGGGUUCAUAAUUGUCUUAACUGUCUUUUGCUCUCCAGAACUUUCUGUAUCAUCAACUUGAAAUGCAUAAAGCUGUACUGUAGUGGAUGAUGGCAAUGUUAAACAUAAAUCUGUGAACUAGCGUAUUAUUAUUCACUAUUAUACAAGGCAUGACCCUUGUCUGUCUCAUACAUACAUAUAUAUAAUGGCCAACCCUGCAGCUAUCCUUGAUGUCUACCUGAAAGAGUUGUUACCUUGUUUUAUUGUCCUUCGGUUUUAGCCAAGCAACCCGUGAGUGUGAAUGAUUCCAGAGGCGAUACAGGGUCUGGUGUACCCAAGCCUCGAAAAUUUUAGUCUGUGAAUUUUCUGUAAGUAAGUUUUGAUGGCAAGAACAUAACUGAUCAUGUACAAAAUAGGUGGUAGUUUCCAUGGAUGAAAACUGUUGUUCGUGUGUUCGAUUCAAUAAAUUUCUCUGUUCCACGUGAAA